UGAUGGUGGUUUUAUUGGGCGGAGAAACACUGGUAGAGAAAAUAUUAAGACACGAUAAUCGAUAGCGUCCAACCCUUAAGGCAAACUUUAUUAACUCAACAGAGCGAAAAUCGAUGAAAAAACGUCCCAUUCUGGUUAGAAGUCAUUACGCGGACAUAAAUGAACUACGUCGAUUUGGAAUGAGAUUGAUUUUUCCCUAUUUCUUUUCAUCGUUAGGAUUUCUUUUGUUCUGUAUUGAUAGCUUGAAAAGCAUUGUGUCGACAACAGUGUUAUGAGAGGAUUGAACAAGCUUUAUCAAAGGGGUGUACGUGCGAGUCAAGAAGGGGCCAAUAACACGAUGCAUAGCAACACAUGCAGCCCCUAAUUCUGUGACCGAGUUGGAAUAUUGGAUUAAUAUUUCACAUUGAUUCCAUUCAUCUAAUUUCGUUGACAACAUCAUAUACUUUCAUCGUUCGUCGACAUUUAGAGAAAAUGAUUAGCAUUGUUGUACAGGUUGCAACAAAGAUGAACAAUUCAGGCUGACAAACUCCUGAACACUGAACCUGCAACAAUGAAUUCCCUGACGGUGCGAUCCCCAGUACCCCUUCACCUCCCCCAAAUCGAAGAACGCCCCCGAACAAGAACUUCAAGGAGUAGAAAAGGGCGGCUCCCUAUCCCAGAGACUGAGUCAGGGGCGUAUCGAGCCCAUUUUAGGAGAUGGUGGGAAGAUGAAGGUCGUGCAAAAUUAUACGAGAAGGAAGAUCCAAUGAUUGCCAUCGGUAAUCGAAUCACGGAGGUACAUGAGAUGAUAACACCGAGAAACACUAGAGAAAUCACCAUAAACAGGUUGCAGACCCCUCUGAGAAAUAAAGUCAGGGAGCUCUCCAUCAUGACCCCUGCUACAUUUCGACGGACCCGACGGCAAACAGUAGAGAAAAAGUUUGACGCCGCCCAUCAUUUCUUCAAUGCAAUAAAAUCAGUACUGAUUGUCGUCACAAUAUUCAGACGAAGAAGGAGGUAUGUUCAAAGAGGCCCGAUCAGGGAUUCCUUGGAUUCAGAUAUAAGAUGUGAAGAUUACAACCAAGCUUGGUUCUCAAAUCAAGAUAAGGAGAACGCAGAUACGACUCCACAAAAGACAGUGAUUGGAUACGAUUAUCAGUGCGAUUUAAGAAUGCAGCCCAAAUAUAGGACUCAUGAACAACUUGAAAGGAUCGCUCUAAAGAUUCGAACCAUAAAAACAUUCCAGAUGUUUCCAACUAAAAUUGAAGAAGAGCUUUGUCGUAGGAUAUCAUACGGGUGCUAUGACGAUGGACGGGUACUAGCCUAUCAAGGGAGUAAUCCACGUCGCUUCUAUUACGUCAUCUCAGGACAAAUUGGUCUACUGCAUACAUACAAGUUACAAAGCGGAGAGGUUACGAAACCCGUUGGUGUUCACAAUAGUGGAUACAGCACUCCGCGAGAAGAAUUGGAGAAACGCACCCCACUCACCUCUCAUAUGGUAUGCAAGGGAAACGUCGAAGUCUUGCUUCUUGAAAUCGAGGACUUCCUUUAUCUGAUAGACCCACCGGAUGACCCUCCGAUUGACUUCUUGAGAGAACAGUCCAUGUUCCGAGAGUUUCCAGUUGAUGAGUUUCGUCAGUAUCCGGACUCCAUUCGGUCUCAGUACUAUCCACCAAACAAAGUGAUUUGUGAGGAUGCUAAUCACACCAAGUGGCUAUAUCUCGUAAUGUCGGGUGAGUGUUGUUAUCUACGCAAGCAGAACAUACCAAGCGCAUCAAACCUUGACACGCAGCCCUUGGUAGGAGGGGGUCCUCUAGGCGAGAAUAAACGACAGAGGAGACCCUCUCAUGCAAACGAAAUGAUUGAGAUGAGUAUAGCAAGAUAUGUCGCAAAGCAGCGUUCAUCUGUGCCCUAUUUACCUGAGAUCCGAACAUCUAUUGCUGAAGACACAGUGCCCACGACUAACAAUCCUCACGGUCAAUCUAUCGGAUAUCCGCCUAUUUCAAGAGAGGAUACGAGAUCUAUAUCACCGCAUAGCUUAUCGUCACGGCGAGCCAGCAUGGUGGGCUACUCACACGACCUUCCUGCCCUGGCUCGUCACAAUGACAUCGUAGAAGAUCCGCUACUUCCUCCUGAUACCCGGUCGAGGUCUAGACAGCGUCGUAGCAGCAUGUUCCUUACUGAACGGAGCCGGACGGAUGCCUCUAUAUCACGGGCUCAAACACGGCAACGCACCCAAACGUUCCCUUUUGGCGGGAGAGGGGCCCGGGGAAGGAGACAGAAGCGCGUUUUUCUUCAGCUCGGAAAGCUACAACCAGGAGACAUAUUUGGGUUAAAUGAGGUCGCAGGAACACUACGGGUGGAACCAUCAGGUGUCAGUGUGGUUAGUGGAGGGGCUGAGGUGAUCUCGAUUAGCAAACGGUUUUUCAGGCAGCAUGCUGGUGUGAUGACACUGCUUAAACUUGAAAGCAUGCUGCAAGAAUUUGUUUCGGAGGAAGAUGCAAAAGACCUUUUGCGUGAGGAAAAUACAUGGAAGCGAUAUAAGGAGGCACUCGUCAGUAAAGUCGCGACGAAAAAAGCCGAAAGGAAUUCCAGAGGCAGGAGAGGGAUUCGAGUAAAACUCAACCCACUAGCGCAGACGUUAUGACGAAUGGCUGACGGAAAUAACUGAGUGUGAUCGGUUAUAAACGAAAUAUCAGGCAUUUGCUUUUACAAGAUAAAGGCCGUCGUCAAUCGAAACGAAUUACACAGAAUGCAGAAGGGAUGAAUGCCAAUCGGAAAUUGCCGAGUAUAUAGAGACAAAAACUCACGAACAAAUUAUCCCAAUGCAAUUAAAGAGUUAUUAGAUUAAGAAACUAGAUCAAUAAAAAAUGCCGUUAUGUGAAAACAGGAAAAAGAAUAAGAUAAAUGAAUCAUUAAAAGUUAUUAACGAACUGUGAUCCCUACAUCUUUGUGGAUUUCAGUGAUGUAAUCCAUUUGCUGUAUUUUUUCUAAACUUACUCAGAAUUAUACCCCCUCUUUUAUGAUAUCGAUAUGAUAUAUUAAAGGUCCAUAUUUGAAUAUUGCAAAGGGGAAGAAUUCUUUGACAUGUUUGAGGGAAAUAAUCAUAGAUUGCAGAUAAAUCGAGUAUUAUUGCGAUUCACUUACCAAAUUGCCAUCUAAAAUUGGCAUGAUAGUCAUAGUGAUCUCAAACAGCCAUACCUUUCAGAUUUCUGUUAACUUUCAUUAGUCCAUUUUCUUAUUUUUACGCUUUCAAAUCAUUUUAUCAUCAAGGUUUGAUUUCCCCUUUGAACGGUAUAAAAUGGUGUAUAAACUUAGGAUAAAUCUUAGAAGGUGGAAUAUAAGUUAUUAUUGACAAAACUACGUAGUGUAUGUACUGUGGACAGGAUCUUAACUUCUUCCUACAGAAAAACAAAAUGACGAAUGCAGUCGGUAAUGGUGUUGUCCAACAAGUUUUUUACCCAGUUUAUGCAUGGUAAUUUAAUUAAUGAUGAGUAAACAUAUUUUCGUAAUAAUUGUUAAUUGCUCUUGUCAACAUGUUAUCAUCUAGCACCUUUUAUGAAAACGUAAUUUCAUAUUUGCUAUGUAAUAAUAAGAUAUUAUUUCAUAUCAACUUUUUCAUCAGUUUUUCAGAAUGUGUAAUUAUACGAUGUAUACCAAUAUAUAAAGAGUUAAGUGUCAAAGCUGUGUGUAAUAACACUUGGGAAUUAUUACGACUUCAUUUGUCUUAUUUUGCAACCUAAUUAACAUGAAAAAUGAUAGGGUACAU